UGAUAGUUUAGAUUAGUGUAUCUAUGCAAGCCUACUGAAGCAGCAUUUGAGCUGCAGUGUUCAAAACCAUGUAGAAGGGAAGAGUAUCUGAAGGAAAAUUUAUUUGAAAUGGCACAUAUUUCUUCAGAAAUUCAGGACAUUUCUUCUAAGGAUGGAUCAGCUGGUUCAGGAAACCCCAUCAGACCUCCCGUGUGCGAUCACACAUUCACUGAGGACUCCGAAUUAAGGUCUAUGGUUGAAGAAAGCGCAUUUCAGGUUUUGUCUGAAGGAUCCUUGAUAAAAAGACCCCGUUACACGUUUCGUGCCUCUGAACCAGAAGUAGAUAAUGAUUUUCUUUCCCUGACCUUUCCCAGAAAACUCUGGAAAAUAGUGGAAAGUGACCAAUUUAAGUCUAUUUGGUGGGAUGAGAAUGGAACUUCUAUAGUGAUUAAUGAAGCACUCUUUGAAAAAGAAGUUUUGGAAAGAAAAGCCCCUUUCAGAAUAUUUGAAACUGAUAGUAUGAAAAGUUUAGUUCGGCAGCUUAACCUCUACGGAUUUAGUAAAAUGCGGCAGAACGUUCAACGAUCUGCAUCUCUAGCUGACUUUCUGGCAGAAGAAAGAGAAGUCUCUGUUUUAAGCAAGUUACAGUUUUAUCAAAAUGCAAAUUUUAAACGAGGCUGUCCCCAACUUUUAGUAAGAAUGAAAAGAAGAGUUGGGAUUAAAAAUGCAUCAGUUCAAGAUGUCAACAAGAAGCACUUUAGAUCAGGGGGCAACAUGGAUAAUCAAAAUUCUGGUUUAGCUGGUGAAAACAGUGCAGAAAGUUUAUUUGCAACCUCUGAAAAUUUAAAUAUAGCACCAAUAAGAAAGCCUCCAACCAGGCAGAGGAUUGCUAAUAAAAUUGACACAAUCAAAAGUGAUUUUUAUCCUCCAUCAUCAGCUUUAGUUGGACCAACAAAGCAAACUGUACCAGAUCAACGCAGUAUUUUAAAUCAGUUGACCACUUUCCACAUGCAGUCACAUAGCAGCUACACACAAGCAAAUGGCCGCAUUGUGAAUUUGGUUACGACUACAACCUCUAUGUCUCAGUACCACAUUGUAUCUCCGCUACAGAACAGCUAUUUUGGACUGAUGGCAGAGCCUUCUCCUAGUCCAACCAGAUAUCCUCAUUUGCCAGCUCACGAGGCUCCUUUUGCUAACCUGCUCUCAGCAGGAAUCCCAUGGUUCCCGAUGCCUAUGAGAGUUGAUUCAACUGCUGCCUCUCCUUCAAGGCCACCUCAUCAACCACCCUCCUUAUAUGAACAUCCUCCUAAUUCCAACUGAUCUUCUACCAAAAGAAUAUAAGGGAGUAUGCAAAGAUAACAGCGAUUCAAAAUUAGGUUGAUGA